CACACCCUCAGCUUUCGGCGUUGAUUUUGUUCUUGCAUUUGGCCAUAGCAUUCAUCUUCCGUCUUUCAUCCAUUGCUCUCGUCUAGGGUAAUGGAAAUUGGCUUUUUUCGAGUUUGCCUUGCCUGAAGAAAACCAGCGUUAUCACGAUCCCGCGGAACCAUAUCAUUGGAGUUUUUGCCUUUCCUUUUAACAAAAAAAAAGGCGGUAACAUAUUUUCUCCUAGAGCAAAUACUGCAUUGAGCGUCAUGACACGCCCUUAUAACGGCCACGCGAAAGAGGUCGAAUUUUAUCGACGCUCUGUACGGACUGGAUCUCAGGAAGCUUAUCAGUCUACCCAUACACCGCGGAAUGCUACCUCUGGGCCACGGCUUCCCCAUGGUGAAGUGCGAACCUGUCCUCUCGGAAGACGGGAAAGUCGCAAUAGCCCGGCUCAGGAGAGUCAGACGGAAACAAACAGCAAUCCGCCGAGGCGCCGCAUUGCCGUAGCGUGCGGUCGAUGCCGAAAGCGCAAGAUCAAAUGCAGUGGUGAUCCUGGUAAUGGUGCCGGCUGUCAAAAUUGUCGGCAAGCGGGUGCAGACGCGCAAUGCGCAUUUCUCCGAGUGCAGUGUGAGGAACGUACGCUGGUGCCUGACCAUCUUCGACUCGCUGGCGCCAUAAAUUGCCCUGGCGCCGUUGCUUGGCCGUAUGGUUCGAGCGAUUCAGUAAGCUCACCAUCAUCUUCCAUUCCGCCUUUCACCAACAGCCUUGAGACAGCUGCCAACAACUCCCUUUUAUCUACAGUCUCUCUCCCAGUCACUCAUGCCUCGCAGUAUCAACGCGUACCGACGGGGAAUGGUUACAUUGAUGGCCAAUAUCCUCCAGUCGUGACCAAGUCAAGUUACUCCACGCCGUAUGGCUUGGGUUAUGGUGAUGGACAGGUCGAGCCAUAUACAGUGCAUCCCCCUUUUAUGCUUCCUAGCCAGGACCUCUCGGGGGUGAGCAACGCGUAUGCGGCCCAGGAUACAUUUCGCGCUUGGAACCCUAUCAGCCAGCAAACAAAGGUUUCAAACAAUCCAUUGUUUCUUGAAGGCGACUCAUCAGCGUUCCCUGCCCCACCGAUGCAAUAUUUGUCCUCUCCGGUCUCGCGCGUAUCAGGCGCUCCCCCGGAUGGCUCAACAUUUUUUCCAACCUUGGGCCCCCUGGCUACAUCAUUACCAGGAAGCCUCGCUGCUGGAGACAGGAUUCUUCCUGAUCCCGCCCUUGGACGGCCAAAGCAGCCCGUUAUUCCUUUGAGGAGCUCUGUGCCAUUGGCGACGACCAGUCCAUCUCAGAGCUUUAGUUUCAGGAAUUCAUGCCAAUGGGGCAACGAAAGUGUGGGGUCAAGCAGUAGCCAAACAUCGAGCACUGGAGUAUCUAUAACUGCUCCUGGACGCAGUCACCUGGUUUCAAGUCAAGAACCAACUAUUGCCUACAUCUCAAGCUCCGGUAGCCCCGGACCGUCACCGCACACGGCGACCUCUUUAAGUUACAGCAAUACGACUCUUCCUCCGCCAAUCGAACCCCCAAACUCCUAUCACGCGAGUAUUUCUUCACUACUUUCGGCUUCUUCUUCGUCUUCGUCUUCUUCAAAUGAUGCAAUGCUUGGAACCAAUGCAACAUCCUCCAAUCUUUACAGUUAUAGCUCACCUCCGCACGUCAAGAGUGAAUCGCUUCAUGUUAAUUCUAUCGGCGAGGGACUGCUUGUCAGCGGACAACAAUGCCGCCUUCCUCACCACCACCACCAAACGACAACUCUUGAGUCACCUCGACAAGGAUCGCAUGAAUCGGGAAGCCACUCGACACAUCGACCAGCACUUUCGACUCCAAACCACACUGCUGGAUAUUAACAGCCUGGACCCUCCAACCUUCUAUCAUUUCCUUGGCGCUUUGAGUACUUUUCCCUUUUUCGCGGGGAAUUUUUUUUUCUUCUUCUGUCGCGGCUAUAUGGAAGCAAAUGCUUGACUCAUGUCAGCUCAUUCGCUGGUCAAUUCGCUUUAAUGUUUGACAAUUUCGGGCC